UAUACUUUUUUGACAACUGAGUAGAUUGAAAGCGGCAUUGUGUCGAGUAACAAAUUUAAAGCAGAAAAUGUUGUUUUAUUCUUUCUUUAAGUCUCUUGUUGGCAAAGACGUAAUUGUGGAGUUAAAAAAUGACUUAAGCAUAUGUGGCACAUUACAUUCUGUUGAUCAAUAUCUAAAUAUUAAACUAACAGAUAUACAGGUAACAGAUCAGGAUAAAUAUCCACACAUGUUGUCAGUGAAGAACUGUUUUAUUCGUGGCUCUGUGGUGCGCUACGUUCAACUGCCUGGAGAGGAAGUGGACACACAAUUGUUGCAAGACGCCGCUCGAAAAGAAGCUGUCGUUAAUACACGUUAAAAUAUAAUUUUAAUUUAAAUCAUUUAUAAUAAAUUUUUAUUAA